AGUGACAUCAGGACUUUGGCGACGAUAAUCUGUAUGCGUCUGUGACAUGGGAAGGUCAAUCGCUGAGUCAGUUCCUCCUCCAAGAUGGCGGCAGCCUUGUGUUACUCUAACCGGAUGGGCAUUUCCAGCAAAUUAAAAUUAAUAGCAACAAGGUAUCCUGUGUCGCUUGUAAAAGAUAGAAGUGUUUAUUGUGUGGGUUGCCCUACCUUGGUAUGUCAACAGAUGCGAUACUACUCAUCCAGUGGGAGAAGAGGUUUCCUGGGUGGCUUACUUGACAACAUCAAACAGGAACUGUCAAAAAAUAAGGAAAUGAAAGAGAACAUUAAAAAAUUUAGAGAAGAAGCAAAGAAACUUGAGGAAUCUGAUGCUCUGCAACAAGCUCGCAGAAAAUUUAAAACAAUAGAGCUAGAAACAAUGAAGACUUCAGAGGUUUUCAAGAAGAAAUUUGAACAGAUGUCAGACACUGUGAAAGAGAGUUUGGAUGAAGUUGGCAAAACUGACCUGGGGCGUAAAUUUAGAGAAAGUGUAGAAGAAGCAGCCAAAACUGCAAAACAAUCAGCUGAAUCAGUAACCAAAGGAGGGGAGAAAAUUGGAAAGACUGCUGCCUUUAAAGCAAUCUCUCAGGGUGUGGAGACUGUAAAGAAGGAAUUUGAUGAAAGUGUUUUGGGCCAAACAGGGCCUUACCGUCCUCCUUCCAGAUUGAGGAAAAGGAGUGAAUUUUCAGGUGACAGAACCAAAGAAGAAAAAAUCUUUGAAGCUAAUGAGGAAGCAAUGGGUAUGGUUUUGCAUAAGGAUUCCAAAUGGUAUCAGCAGUGGAAAGAUUUCAAAGACAACAAUAUGGUAUUUAAUAGAUUUUUUGAAAUGAAGAUGAAAUAUGAUGAAAGUGAUAAUGCAUUCGUUAGAGCGUCACGCACCAUUACAGACAAAGUGAGCGAUCUUAUAGGUGGACUGUUUUCAAAGACUGAAAUGUCUGAGGUUCUGACUGAGAUACUAAAGGUUGAUCCAAACUUCGAUAAGGAUAAGUUCUUAAAACUGUGUGAAAGGGAUAUAAUUCCCAACAUACUAGAGGCCAUGAUAAGAGGGGAUCUUGAUGUGCUCAAGGACUGGUGUUAUGAAGCUACCUAUAGUCAGUUGGCUCAUCCCAUUCAGCAAGCAAAAGCGAUGGGCCUACAGUUUAACUCCAAGAUAUUGGAUAUCGACAAUAUCGAUCUGGCAAUGGGAAAGAUGAUGGAACAGGGCCCAGUCCUUAUUAUUACAUUUCAGGCUCAGCUUGUGAUGGUAAUCACAAAUCAGAAAGGUGAUGUAGUAGAAGGAGACCGGGACAAAGUUUUACGGAUGCUCUAUGUGUGGGCUCUCUGCAGAGAUCAAGACGAACUUAACCCUUAUGCAGCCUGGAGACUCCUAGAUAUAUCAUCAUCUGCAUCCGAACAGAUCCUCUGAUUAGCUUUUGCUUCUGCCAAUUUGAGUUGGGAAAGGGAAGAAAGGCUAUGGAAAAUUAUGAUUGGGAUUUAAACCCCAAUGCUGGCUGGCAUAAAACAUACUCUAAUUAUUUCUCCAUCUGAGAGAAAGUGCUCUUUACUACCAUAUUGGUUAGAACCAUCUGUGUCAUAUAGAAGAUGCAUCUGUGGUUUGUUACUGCCUCUGAAUGUUCCGAAGAGAUGUCCGAAGUACACCUUUAGUGACCCCUGACAUGUUUUGAGAAAGGACCAAAGUUUACUAAUGAGAGUGACAUAUGAUGAUCCGAGGCUUUUACUUGGAAAAGGUUGCAUCUUUCUACUUCUCUUCGCAUAUGGCUGUUCUACAAGUUAUUGCAAGGACUUGAAUGUCUUUGUGCUCUACAUGCCAUGCUGCACUCAUCUUAUUUUCUUUUUUGUCUGUUACUACUGCAAAAGUACAAGAUGUUAUAACAGAAUUUAAAUUUUCAAAUUUUCAUUUUAACACUGAAACCUGUAACAGGCAUGCCUUCUUACUUUUUCCAGCAAGGACAUAUUGUGUUUUUAUAAAAUAUUUAUGCAGUUCUUGGGAUCCACACAAUUUAAGCUAAAUAUAAAUACAAAUUGAGACAACACAUUCUUAAAGUAACACUGACAUGUUGCUGUUAAAAUUCAUUAGAACAUUGCAGUAUUACUAAAAUUAAUGGAUGUAAUAUUCUUUCCUUACAAAAGUGAUCCCAAACUACCCACAGUCUAGCAGUAUUUACCAUAGCCAACACUGCUUGAUGUUCUUAGUAGCAUAAAGCAAGAUUUGUCAGUUACAGUGGGCUUUAAUAGACAUACUACUGUUUUAUUUGUAUUCCAGCCUUCUAGUACAAGGAUUAUCCCAGCCCUGCUGCUCUCUCACCAGAUCAUAACAAGUACUGCUGGGCUGAGGGCAACUUUGGGGCAGUUUUCUAAAGAAAUAAUAUAGUGCAAAUGCUUCCUGGGAAUUUUGAUAGAAAUGUGUCAGCAUUGCUUUAAUGGGGAUACUGUCAUAAUUUUUAUAGUAUACUUUUUAUUUCUAAAUUACACUGUUUACAUAGCAAAUCAAUCUACCAUUUAAAAUUUUAUUCUUGAACCAACAAAUGUAUUUGUUUUUAGUUGUUAUAUUGAUGUGUAGGCAGCCAUCUCAGUGCAUUGUGUCUGAAUCUGAGCUUUCAGAAAGACCUAGCGCUACACCUUAGAACUUUCAGAUAACCUAUUGUUUCUCCUACUCCCGUGUAUCUGGAGGAGUCACAAGCCGGACUUUGAUUUCUUACUAAUGAGUGCUAUUCUUAUAUCUUCUGGGAGCUGCUAUUUUGCUGCCUUUAUAGCUGCUCUAUACUCUUCUCUAGAUAAAUAUACUCUGCACUGCCACUGUAAAUUUUAUGUAGGACCAAGUGAAAGUAAAGCUGAAAAACAACAUAAACAAUGCAGAGGAACAGCACCUGUGACGAAAACAGUUGUGGGUGUUUAAAUUCUGUCACACUAAUGUGGAUCUGGUUGCACUCUCUCACUCCCAUCAAAGGUCCCUGUGGGGGGUGCCAAUUACAAUUCAUAAAUAAUUGGAAAUGUCUGUGCAACAAUCAAAUAAAAUAAUUCCUCUUUUCAUAUCACAGCAAUGUAUAUCUAUAUAUAACUAAAUAAAUAUCUAGUGUCAAAUGACAA